ACAACGGGGCGCCAGUGGUGGACCUGCCAGUCCUGGUGUUCUCUGUCUUCUGGUAUCUCCCCCAUGGCCUUGAGACUGUCCUGAGGGAGCUGGACUACCUGUGCAACCUGAUUGGGCUGCAGGACCCUGAGAUCCAUGAAAUCUUCCCGACAUUUGGGCCGAAGUCUGGAAACACCAUGCUGACCAUCAGAGGAGCCUUCCUGGACACUGGGAACAAGCGAGAGGUGACGAUAGGGAAAGCAGCCUGUAAGAUCCAGAGCUUGUCGUCCGCCAUGCUGACCUGUAAGACGCCGCCAAACGCUGUUCUCUCCAAGCAACCCGUGAAGCUGACGAUUGACUCGGUGGAGCGCCACACGCCUGCGCUGUUCACCUACAACCAAGACCCCAUCAUCAACAGCAUCCAGCCGUCUCGCUCCUUCGUCAGUGGAGGCUGCACAGUGUCGGCUCAUGGCUUCUUCCUCCAGUCCGGCCUCCAGCCCCAGAUGGUCCUCACCACCGGUCAGGAUGCUCAAGUCUUCCAUGUG